AUGGUGCCUGCAGGCAGCCGCCAGCGGCAGGAUAGGCCUGGCUUGGUCUACGUGACCCGCUUCGCCUCGCACCCGUGCGGCGUGUGGCAGUUGAGGGGUCCCCGAGGUCUCCGCCACCAAGGCCCAGGGCUCGGGGCCCGCUUCGCCGCGGAGCAAGCGACCCCGAAGAGCCAGUCUCCGGGAGGACAGCUGCCCACCGGCUCCCACGCACGGGUCGCCGCCACCCCGGGCUACUCCAUCGCUCUCCAGCUGCGGAGGUCGAGAGCGCCAAGCGGUCCCGAGCAAGCGGCGCGAGCAGGUUUAACUCCAAAAAAUGCAGCUAAAGAGUUUGAUUUCCCAAUACCACUGAAUGAAGCCUCCAAAAUAAUGAAGGAAAGAAAAAAGGUCUUAGUGUGGAAGAAAGUACAAAAAGUCAUUUCCAAAAUGAUUGCAGAAAAUGAAAAAUAUAGACACAGACUGAAGUGCCAAAAUUUAUCUAGUGAAAUUCGAGUUAAUACAAAAUGAAUGUGAAUCAUCUUCCUGUCUUCUCUG